AAAAAUGAAUUGUUCACUCCAUAUGGCAUCAGGAGCCUUAACACGUACACGAAUUUUUAACUGAUAAUGCCAGUAGGCAUAAGGUUGAGCGAAUAGUGGUAACACUAGAGUUUUCUUUAAUUUUAAUUUAUCCUGUCGAAAUUUAUGGAAUUUGUACGUUUUUCAAAUAAUUUUAUCCUUAAAUUAAUCUGAAGAUGAGUGAGAGUGCUCCAGAAGCUAUUAAAGAUCUUUGCCGCACUUGCAUGCUGCGAGUAAAAAGCGAAUCAUCGUUCAAAAAUAGACAAUAUAUCUACGAAAAGUUAGUGGACUGCAAAGAAUCUUCCAGGUGUAGUCUAAUGGAAUUAUUACAAUCAAUAGCACCAAAAAUUAAUGUUCAAAUGACAGAUGGUUUACCUAAGUUUAUGUGCAUGAGUUGUAUACAUAGCUUGAGAUGUACUUAUGAUUUUUUGCGAAUGUACGCAAAAUCGGAUGAAUUAUAUCGUAAAAUAUUGAAAGAUCAAAAUUAUGAAAACUCUAAACACAAGGAGGAGCUUUUGAAACAUUGGAGGUCAUUGGGUAUUAAUAAAGAUAUGAAUUUGAUAAUAAAGCAGGAGGAAGAUGUACUGAAAGAGAAUUUGUUUACUUAUGAGGAAACGACGGCAAGUGAAUAUAAUGUAAUGAAAUUAAGCGAAGAACAGGAAGAACAUAUAGAAAGACCUCACGGGGAAAAAGGCGAUUCGUUUUUUAAGCAAGAUCAUAGUCACAUUGGAAACGAAGAGAAACCGGUGUACAAGAGAACAAUAAAGGAAAAAUCAAAUGAAAGGAAGCAAGAAGGUAAAGACACAAAAAAUCAAAACGUAAACAUUGUACAAGUAAAAGGAAAACAUACACAGACCAAAAAGAUUUUCGAAUGCGAGUAUUGCGAUAAAGUUUUUCCUAAAUCUACGAGUUAUAAAAAUCAUGUACGUACUCAUACUGGCGAACAACCGUUUUUAUGCAUAGAAUGUGGCAAAGGUUUUUCUUUGGCUAGCAGCUUAAAUACACACAUGAAACGACAUCGUGGUGAAAAAUGUUUCCAAUGCCCAGAUUGUCCCAAACAAUUCGUCUGUGCCAGCGGUUUAUACGCUCACCGCUCGGUACAUAAAAAAGAACGUCCAUUUGUUUGUGACAUAUGCGGUAGCGCAUUCCAUCAGGCUUAUCAACUAAAGAAGCAUUGCCUUUAUCAUGGCGGCAUAAAAAAUUUUUCCUGCGAUUAUUGCGAUAUGCGUUUUUUUUCUGCUGAAAAGAAACGGCGCCAUAUCCGAACACAUACCGGUGAAAAACCAUAUUGCUGUAAAUAUUGUGAUCGCGCGUUUGCUCAGAGUAAUGAUUGCGUUAAACAUUUACGUUCCCAUUUGGGUGAAAAUGUUUAUCAAUGUGAAAUGUGUCCUUUGCGUUUUCCAUUGGCGCGUGAUUUGCGGGUGCACUUUGCUUCGCAUAAGAAUGAUGAUGACGAAACGCGAGUACGCAAUUUACAGGCACGUUUCCAAGAGGAGCAAAAUUUAAAAAUCAAAUUGGGAAUAGAGGAAAAUUGAAUUCCUUACAUUUUAUGCGCCACGUUUCCGUUAAUCAUUAUUUCUACAUUAAACUUGUGAAAAAUUUGGAUUUCUAGCAGGCAGUCUUGGAAUGAACUAUUGUCAGCAUCCCGUAUUAACCAACAUAUUGCUUUGUAAACUUUGUUGUUUUUUUUAAUUUUAAAAAUUACUAAAGAUCUUAUAGAAAUAGCAUUUCAAACACCGUUAGGAGAAAAUAAGAUAACUUUAAACGC